UCUAAUGUCUGAACUUUCAUAGGCUCUUUGAGCAUUUAAUUCUCAUCCCCAACUGGGUUACUUUGAGAAUCACUAACAAGUCUCUUUCUCUUAUUCUCUUUCUGUUCAAAUGGCUGACUCAGAACACUCUUCUUCUGAUGAGACUUCUUUUGAUUCUUCAGAGGAAAGUAGUAAAAAAACCGAGCAUGAAUUCUCCGAAGACGAGGAAACACUGAUCAUUAGGAUGUACAAUUUGGUUGGGGAGAGGUGGUCUCUAAUUGCUGGAAGAAUCCCAGGAAGGACGGCAGAGGAAAUCGAGAAGUACUGGAACUCCAGAUACUCAACAAGUGAAUGAAAUUUCAUGCAACUCACUACUCAGUUGUGUUAGUUUUCUAAGUGAAACCUAGUGAUUUUUGGUGGAGAGAGAGAGACAGAGAGAGAAAUAUGAUCUGGGUUUCAUCAAUGUCACUUGUCUCUUUAUGUGUGAUAUGUUUUUAAGGUUUGUGAGGAGUUUAAUUAAUUGUUCUUCGUCGUGAUAUUCCUAUGUGAAAGCAUAUAUGUAUAUGCCUCACUUUCUUAUAUAAAUUUUUCUGUCUGCUUUCUGUUUGUUUCCA